AUGAAUCGAGUGGAAGCAAACGACUGGAUGGUCAUUAUUGCACUGUUAAAUUCAUAUGUCUUCAUGGCCCUCGACAUUAUCGAAGCCGUCAGUGGCAUGGGAGUGCAUAUAAAAGAUAUCCCACCCAGUAUUCUCGAGAGACAGAUGAAGGCCUUCUGGCUCACCAUUCCUUUCUACAACGCCGCCGUCCUGUGCGCCAAAGCUUCAAUUCUGAUGCAGUACUUCCGAGUCUUCCCAACACACCGCAUGCGCGUUGUCUGCUGGGUCAUGAUCACCUUCCUCGCCAUCUAUGGCACUUGGGCAGUGAUCAGUGCGUUUCUCAACUGCAUUCCCGUCGCCAAAUUCUGGGACGAUACAAUCCCAGGCUACUGUUUGAACAAGACCAAACUGUGGUUCUCCAAUGCUAGUAUGCAUAUCUCAACCGAUAUUGCUAUCCUAGUCAUUCCCAUCCCGGCUUUAAUGGCAGUCGACUUGCCCCGAAAACAAAAGCUCGCUUUAAUGGUUAUGUUCGCUUUAGGUGGCUUUGUCUGCAUCACCAGUAUCGUCCGUUUAGUCAGCCUUAAAACAAUCUCCGAUUCAACCGAUCCCACCUACGACAAUGUUGGCGCCGCCUCCUGGUCCGCCAUUGAAUGCAACACAGGCAUAAUCUGCGCCUGUCUACCAACCCUAAAACCCCUCAUCGCCCGCAUCUUCCCAGGCAUGGUAUCAACCUUCAACGCCAGCCGUCCCACUCGCGGCGACACAACCCAGCGCAACUCCGACUGGAACGGUGAUGCAUCGACCCUCGGCGCACCCGGCGAAGAACACGAGUACGGCGCCGGUGACCCAGAGCGCGUUCUUGCUCUUGUUCCUAAUACCAGCUUCAGGUCUAGUCUUAAGCGCUGGACGAGAGAGGAAGAGAAGAAGUUGGCUCAGAUUCAUUCGGUUCCUGGGCCUCGUCCUAAGAGGAUGACGCAUCCUCGUCCUUUGCCUACGGAUACGGCGGUGCCGUUCUGA